AUGGGGGCGAUGGAGGAGUCGCGCUUCUUCUUCUUCUUCUUCUUCUUCUUCUUCUUCUUCUUCUUCGUCCUCCUCCUUCUUCCUCCUCCUCCUUCUUCGUGCCGUUUUUUAAAUUUAAAAUAUUGUACACUGACAACUGCUAAUCCCGUGACUAUCUAUCUAUCUAUCUAUCUAUCUAUCUAUCUAUCUAUCUAUCUAUCUACUGAAGUUAUACUUCUUUCUUGCUUUUUCUUUUUCUUUCGUGUGUUGGUUUUUUCAUUUUCUGUUUUUCAUUCUAUUUACGCUUCUUUCAUUCUUCAUUUGUUUUUCUUCUUGUUUCUUUCUUUUAUUAUCUUCCGUUUGUUGAUUGUUAUAUUUUCUGUUUCUUCUUUUUAUUCUUCCGUCUUUCUUUCUUUCUUUCAUUCUUUCUUUCUUUCUUUGAUUAAAUUUGUUUCUUUCUUUGUUUUAUUUGUUUGCUUGUUUCUUUGCUUUCUUUAUUUCUUUCUUUGUUUUAUUUAUUUUUUUGUUAGUUUCUUUUUUGAUUUGUUUGUUUGUUUCUUUCUUUCGUUCUUUGUUUUAGUUGUUUGUUUGUUUCUUGCUUUGUUUUAUUUGUUUGCUUCUUACCUUGUUUUCCUUCUUUCUAUCUUUGUUUUAUUUGUUUCUUUCUUUGUUUGUUUUCUUCCUUCCUUUCUUUGUUUUAUUUGUCCCUUCGUUUAUUUCUUUGUUUUCUUUCUUUCUUUCAUUGUUUUCAUUCUUUCUUUCUUUCUUUCUUUCUUUCUUUCUUUCUUUCUUUCUUUCUGCUAUUCAUUUUUUGCAUCCAUUUUGUUUCGUUACUUCAUUUGUUUUUCUUUUCUUUUCUUCUUUUUAUCUUUCGUCUGUUUUCCCUCAUUUACUCUUUCUUUUAUUCAUUCAUUUUUCUUUUUUCUUUUUCAUUUUUAA